GAAGAUUUGAUUACGCCGAUAAGAGAGUUGUAUGCAGAUGUGAAGAGGAAGGGCCUGAUGCGUUUGAAGUACGAAGGUCUUUUGGAUCCUGAAACCGAGACCCUUAAGCCGAGUGUUGCGAGCCGGUAUAAAGGGGAUGCGACCGCUUAUGCAAUGGAACGAUACGCAUAUUAUGUUUGCUAUAAAUGCAACAAGGCUUAUUACGGUGGAGAGGCCCGCUGCGACAUGGCCAAUCAGCAGGGCGCCGGCGAGGAGGCCUCCUACGAGGCUUGCGAGUUGGCCUGCGGCGCCUGCAGCGACGUCUCCGGCGCCCGAACAUGCCCCCGACACGGCAUGGACUUCCUCGAGUACAAGUGCCGCUACUGCUGCUCCGUCGCCGUCUUCUUCUGCUUCGGCACCACGCACUUCUGCAACGCAUGUCACGAGGACUUUCAGAGGGUCGCCAACGUGCCGCCGGAGGAGCUGCCGGUGUGCCCAGCAGGACCAAAAGCAACACAACUUGAAGGCGACGAAUGUCCACUUCACGUAAAACAUCCUCCGACUGGUGAAGAAUUUGCUUUAGGAUGUGGAGUUUGUAGAACUUGCCACACAUUUUAAACUAUAUACACACACACGUUACAUACACAUACACACCG